AUGAAAUAUAACUCAUCUAAUCGAAAUAUUUAUCGACUUUCUGUAAAUAGAAGAACGAAAAAAAAAUACAAACUAUCGCCUCGUGGUAACGAUGUCUAUUACACUGAUGGAGCAAACUUAUCCAAUCGAACGCCGAUGACGACUAAAGUUGAAAAUAUCCUGUUAUUAUCCACAAUCGAAAGAAAACAACAACCGCAAGAUGAACAUGAAAUAUUUUUUGAUCUAAAGAACAAUUCUCUCGAUUAUACAACUCGUCAACGAUAUCCAUAUAUAUUGAAAAGAAUUCAUCAAAGAUUGAUCAAGCCAAUUAAUCAAAGAUGUCUGUACAAACAUCUUCUUCUUUGGGUGAUUCUUUUCGGAUGUUUAUUUAUUCUUGCUGCUCCACUUGCUCUCCAUUUUUCAUAUGCUUUACCAACCGUUAAAUCACGAACGAUACCGUUAAAUGAGUUUAGUGAAGAACGUGCCCGUGAUUUUUACCCAAAUUUAACUCAGUACGGACCCCGGGUUAGUAACACACGAGCGGAUUAUCUGACACGCGCAUUUCUCAUCUCAGAAAUCGAUCGCGUUCGUGCAAUGGCUCAGCCAAACAUUCGAUUUGAGCUCAGUUUACAGAAUUUCUCUGUAGUUAAAACGAAUGACCUACAGAAUAUUGCCGUCAGAGUAUCCAAUUCAAACUCUUCGCCAAACGCACCCUGUUUAAUGCUAGCUGUUCACUACGAUUCAGUGGAAUUCAGUCCGGGUGGUAGUGAUGAUGGUUCGGGCGUAACCAUUCUACUUGAAGUUCUUUCGAAUCUGAUCAGCGAUCCGACGAUUACAUUUUCUCAAGUCAAUUUAAUUAUUCUUUUCACCGCAGCCGAAGAAAUGUCUAUGGAAGGUGCUAAAAUCUUUAUUUCGGAUCACAAAUGGGUAAAUGAUAUACGUCGCUUUAUGAAUAUCGAUUCAACUGGUGGUCAUGAAAAAGCCAUCCUGUACCGUGUGAAACCAUCGCAAUUGAUUAAAGAUUAUGCUCAUGUCCCAAGACCACAUGCAAAUGUCAUUGGUGAUGAUAUUCUUGGAGCAACUGGAUCGGAUACAGAUUACAGCAUAUUCACUAGGCAUGGAUCAUUGCCAGGCUAUGAUUUCGCCUAUUAUCUUGACGGAUAUAAUUAUCACACAUUAAUUGAUAGACCAUCGAUUGUGGAAAUAGGUGCGUUGCAACAUUUAGGUGAAAAUAUUUUAGCCUUGUCUCGUUCGAUUCUUCUUGGAAAAGUCGAUAUUGAGCUACCAGUGAAUAUAUUCGACGAUGAGGAUCUGGUUUAUUUCGAUAUUCUUGGCCGACAUUUGAUAACUUAUACGAAAACGACAUCAGUCAUCGUUCAGUCGAUUCUUAUUGGAUUGACUAUUUUAAUUGGAAUUGUUGUUAUCGUUAUUGAUCAUCUUUGGUAUCGAAGAUAUUCUUCGAGUGAUAAUUCCUCUUUUUCAAUCUAUUUCUAUUUUAAUUAUCCAUUGAUUCUCCGAAUUAUUUUCAUAGUUCUCUUUCUACUUUGCUAUCUUCUAUCAAUCAUAUUCGGUAUACUUUUUGCUCUUCUUAUUGCAUUGAUUACUUCAAAACUUCGGCCAUUAUCGUGGUAUGGUAAUUCCACAUUGCCUGUUUUUCUUUAUGGUCUACCGUGCCUGAUUGGUAUUAUCCUUGUCGAAGCUCUCUGGUCAUGUUUACGUCGAUCAAUUCUCUCGAAAUAUCCGAAAAAGAAUCCAAUGGAAUUGAACACAAUCAAUUACAUUGAUCGAAAUUGUUUUAAUUUCGAACGUCAUCUAGCCUUACUAUUAUUUUUUGCUUUUCUCAUGUCAAUUUCGAUCUAUCUCGGUUUCCGAUCACUCUACGUCUUUCUUCUAUGGUCUAUAUUUUUAUGUCCCAUUUACUUAAUCAUAAUCGUUAUUGAAUUUAGUUUCCGAUGGAUGAAAAAACAUGUAGUCAUUCUCUUUAAUGAACAAGGAUGGUAUUGGCUAUUUGUACCUUAUAUCGUCACGCUGAUACCGCUUAUUCAUACGUUGGAGAUGACGAGUCGUCUCGUUCGUUUAGCGAUACCAAUGAUGGGUCGAGCAAGUAUAUCCGCCAUACGCUUUCCUCAAGAUCUUCUUAUUUGUGCGUUGGUUGUCAUACCAGCAGCGAUAUUUUUCGUGAUAUUUAUACCAAAUAUUCAACGAACGUUGAACUAUAGUCGAACAUUGAUUCUAUUGGCAAUUAGUUGUCUCAUUGUGUUCGUUAUUGCCUGUACACGACAACCAUUUAACAGUACGCAUCCAAAAAUCAUCGACGUUGCACAUAGUUCACGUGUAGUUUAUAAAUUACUCAAUACCAAUCAUUUUCCAACUGAGAUUCCUGUUUACUCGUCGCAUGCAUCGAUUCAACUUGAAUCAAUGGACCUUCUCAAUCUGUCGCCAACGCUCGAUGAAAUUUCGCGUCGAACUAGUCUCACCUUAAAUAAUCGUGAAUGUUCAUCGUCAACUAGCUGUUCAUUUGAUGAUGCGUUCAAUCGCACCAUGCCAUUCAAACAAGUCGAACUCACUUCCAUAGAUCGAUACAACAACUAUCGCUUUACUUUUCGACAUGCCUCGUCUUAUCAAAUCGACGUGACUUCAUCCUAUGUAGUGAAUUUCAAUGUGCACAACUCCUCCGUCAAACCACGAAUGGAAACGAUUGUCGAUGUUCAAACUUCCAAUCCGUCAUAUGCGUUUGAUAUUCAAAUCACGUUGCACCGAUGUGAUUUGCAAGAUUCACCCUUCCUACAAUCUCUAACGAAACAUUUGCCUCAUAUUGUUAUGUGGGGUCAUGGUUCCUGUCGAUCGCUGAAAGACGAACUUAAUUUAACAGUCAAUUUUUAA